AUGAGAACCCAAAUAAUGGUGCCUGAUAUCACCUUAGAUCCAAUCUUUUUUAAGCAGAAGACCAACAACACAAUAGUCGACCAUCACCACCAGCAUGAGAACAUUGUGAUCGAGGAAAUCCAAGGGCUUAUCAAAGUGUACAAAGACGGACAUGUGGAGAGACCGCAGAUCGUCCCGUGCGUUUCGGCCGCUGUGGCCGAUCCGGAGUUAGGCGUGACAUCCAUGGACAUAGUCAUCGACAGGUUCACAAACGUUACCUCACGUUUCUAUAUUCCGAAAUGCCACGGGACGAAUCCGAUGAAGAAGCUCCCUUUGUUUGUGUAUUUUCACGGAGGUGGGUUUUGCGUUGGCUCAGCCGCUUGGAGUUGUUACCAUGAGUUUUUGGCAAAACUAGCUGCCGAAGCUGGUUGCAUUAUCAUGUCUGUAAACUACCGUCUGGCCCCUGAACACCCUCUUCCGGCAGCGUAUGAAGAUGGACUCAGAUCCCUGGUGUGGCUAAAACAAGAAGCUUUAUGUGAACGUGGUGGGGAGGAGGAGAAUCACCAGUGGUGGUCAAUGCAGUGCGACUUUUCUAGAAUAUUCUUAGUGGGGGAUAGUGCUGGAGCUGGUGCCAAUAUUGCCCAUAAUGUGAGCACAAGAGUGUUCUUUUCUGGGACAAUUCUAUCGCCUUUAACUACUAAAGGUGUAAUUCUACUGCAACCAUUUUUUGGGGGAGAGGCAAGGACGAGUUCGGAGAAGUACUACUACAAGGUGCAGCCACGUCAUUCGGUGUUGAACCUGGCAGCUUCGGAUUCCUACUGGAGAUUGGCACUGCCGGCUGGUUCCAACCGCGACCAUCCAUGGUGCAACCCUUUGGCGAAAGGCUUGUGUUUGGGUUCGGAAAGCGUGGCCACGAUGGUGUGUAUUUCGGAGUUAGACAUAUUGAAAGACAGGGAGUUCGAGUUCUGUGGUGCGAUGGCUAGAGCAGGGAAGAAAGUUGAGACUGUGGUGUACAGAGGUGUAGGGCAUGCGUUUCAGGUACUAGAUAAGUCUAUGCUUGCACAAACUCGAUGCCAUGAGAUGAUAAAUGAUAUUAAGGCGUUCGUUUAUAUGUACUAA